GCCCCCAGUCCAGUCACUUCGUCAUUGCUGUACAAUUGCAGUCUUGCGCAUUUAUAUACUGAGUACACAAAAACAACUUAACUAAAUUGAAACGUCAUUAAAAUUAUACUUUUUGUUAUAAACAGUGAAUAAUAAAAAAAUUAAUUGCAUCAGAUUAAGUGCGAGCACAGAGAGUUAAUUUUUGGGUUGCUAAGUUUUAACAUUAUUUGUUGAUAAAAUGAAAUUUCAGUACAAAGAGGAACAUCCCUUUGAAAAGAGAAAGGCUGAAGGUGAAAAAAUACGUAGGAAAUAUCCUGAUCGAGUUCCAGUGAUUGUCGAAAAAGCACCGAAAGCUAAAAUCAGCGACCUUGACAAGCAGAAAUACUUGGUGCCGUCAGACUUGACUGUAGGUCAAUUUUACUUCUUGAUCCGCAAACGCAUCCACUUGCGUCCUGAAGAUGCACUGUUUUUCUUCGUCAACAACAUUAUCCCACCCACAAGUGCUACCAUGGGCUCGCUUUAUCAGGAACACCACGAAGAGGAUUGCUUCCUUUACAUAGCGUACAGUGACGAGAAUGUUUACGGAAACCAUUAAAGAAAAGAAAACCAAUUAUAACUACUCAACUCUAUUACAAUUAAAUGUUCACUGAGAAUGUCUUUCUCAAUAGAAUUCUCAGAUAAAUAAAAUUACAUAAGACAAAAAAAAACAAAAAAGUAAUCGACUCAUAAGAAAGAACAUUUUGACAGCAAAAAUAAAUAAAAUAAUAAUAAUAAAUAACAAUAUUAAUAAUAUUAAUACUGCAUAACGUUAUCAUUCCUUGUGGAUGUUUAAAGCAUACUUUAUUAUUUUUUAUCUAUCUAUUACGUUUUAUUUAAAUAGCUCAAAGUAAACAAAUUCAAAUGUUAGUGAAUUUUUAAUCAUGAUUGUACACGCCUAAAUAAUUUUCCUGUUUCUUUGAUACAAUGAUCAAUUUCCCGUGGAAUUUUUGUGCGAUGAAUUAUUGAAUUAUUAGUAGCUUGCCUUUAUGUGUAAUCACGAAUUUAGACGAGCUGUUUUUUUUUUUUUUUUUUUUUUUUGAUCGGGUGAUUAUUUAUGAUACUAAAUUAUGUUUAUUAGUAGACUAAUGUGUAUCGAUAAAUUAUUAUAUUAAUUAAGAUGUGCAAGAAUAAAAUUUACGUCAAUAAAAUUUAA